CCCCUUCAGAUUCUCUCACACACUCAUAAAAUACUCUCUAACUAGUUCAGUUCAAUUCCCAAGUGAACUACAAAACCAGUCUCAUUACUCUUUAUCUCUAGAAGACAAAUGGCAGCUGCAACAUCUGGUGCUGUGUUGAAUGGUUUGGGAUCUUCCUUCUUAUCUGGAGGAAAGAGAAGCCAAACCUUGUUAGCUACUACUGCUAUUGGAGCCAAAGUUGGUGUUGCAGCUGGUAGUCCUAAAAGACUUAUUGUUGCUGCUGCUGCUUCUGCACCAAAGAAGUCAUGGAUCCCUGGUGUUAGAUUUGGUGGAAACCUCGUCGACCCAGAAUGGCUCGAUGGAUCACUACCAGGUGACUUUGGUUUUGACCCACUAGGCCUUGGCAAGGACCCAGCAUUUCUGAAAUGGUACAGAGAAGCUGAGCUUAUUCAUGGAAGGUGGGCAAUGGCUGCAGUUCUAGGCAUCUUUGUUGGUCAAGCAUGGAGUGGAGUUCCAUGGUUUGAGGCUGGAGCUGACCCCAAUGCAAUUGCUCCAUUCUCCUUUGGUACUCUUCUAGGCACUCAGUUGAUUCUCAUGGGGUGGGUAGAGAGCAAGAGAUGGGUGGAUUUCUUCAACCCGGAUUCACAGUCAAUCGAAUGGGCUACUCCAUGGUCAAAAACCGCUGAGAACUUCGCUAAUGCAACCGGAGAACAAGGUUACCCAGGGGGAAAAUUCUUUGAUCCAUUGUCCCUUGCUGGUACCAUCGAAAACGGAGUUUACAUUCCAGAUACAGAGAAGCUAGAGAGAUUGAAACUAGCUGAGAUUAAGCAUGCUAGGCUUGCUAUGUUGGCUAUGCUGAUUUUCUACUUUGAAGCUGGACAAGGGAAGACCCCCCUUGGUGCUCUUGGCUUGUAAACAAAACCAAUUUAUGUAGAUAAUUGAACUGAGAUGCUAGACAGUUGCAAAUGAAGCUUUUUCCUAAGUGUGCUACUCCAUGACAAAUUUAAUUCAUGUUCUAAUGUUGGAUGCAUUUA